GGCCCCUUUUGUUCUAACACGAAAUUGGCCAAAUUGUGUCUUUAGUUCGAAUCGUUUUCCCGUUGGACAGGACGGGGAACUUGGAAUAAAAGAAAAAUGAAAAUUGCGGUGUCCAUGGUUUUACUUUUGGCCAUCGGGUUUAUCGGAGAAGUGGAGCCCAGAAGGGCUAGAGCUAGAAGUAGGACAAAGUCCAAGUUUCAAAUUGGUUUGCCUAUAACGGGCAAAUAUAGAGAUCCAGAGUCGGACAAGUAUUACAAUAACAAUAAUGGUGCCAAGAUAGUGCUGGCAUCUCACUUCGACUAUGAAUACGUUUUGGGCCACAAAAUCGCCUUUAUAUGCGUGGCUAGAGGAAAUCCUCGACCGCACAUCACUUGGUACAAAGACGGCAGCGAGAUAUUCACCCAUCUAUACUUGCACAUUCACGAAUGGCAAAUCAACAAGGACAAAAUCAAAAGUAAACUGGAAAUCGAUCCUGCGACUCAAAUGGAUGCUGGACUAUACGAGUGCACCGCUGACAACAUGUACUCAAUUGACAGGAGAUCGUUCAAGACCGAUUUCAGCAUCGCUUUCGAUUAGUUUUUAUUUGAACUUAAAUAGGGUUGUGAUAUAUAAGCAAAAAGAAGAGUCAAGAACAAAGAGUACCAACAUAAUAACUAUAUGAUUGUAUUAUAUUAGAAUAGAUUGUAAUAUACAAUAUAAUUGUCUUACCUUUUCUCUUGAUGUACAAUAUCCAUGUAAUCAUUAGACCUGGCAUAAAAUCCAUCUUUGGUCAGAGCCCCCCAAAAAUUGCUCCAAGCUUUUCCAGGUCUAACCAGCAUUGGAGCUACCACUGUCCGGUUUUGUUCAAUGAGCAAUUUCAAGGUGUAAGGGUUGUCCAAAUGAGCAACUGAAUCAACGGCAAAGUAGUAGUCGGAUGAUUUAGCCAGAGAUUGUUC